AUAAAACCCGACCCUAAUAAAAAGUCCUCCGUCAUGCCGCCGCAAGUGCCUUCCCCUCUCCGCCGCCUCCUCCCUCUCUCCCAAACCCUAGCUCCGGCCCCGCUCCUCUACCUCUCGCGCCGCCUCUUCUUCUCUUCCGUCUCCGCUGCCCGCCCCACCUUCACCCGCGCCACCGGCAUCCGCCCCCUCGCGUACCGCGGCAAGGCCAGCCGCCACCACCUCCGCCGCGGGAACAGCACGGCCAGGAAGGAACCCGAGGGGAUGGCUAGCGGUGGCGGUGGCGGUGGCAAAGACGCGGGGGUGGCGUUCAAUAAGAUGCGUGCGGAGGGGAGGGACGUCAGGAAGGACAGGAGCAUGGGGCUCAAGAACCGGAGGGCCAACCCCGUGAGCACAACCUCCUACGUGCAGAUACUCGGUACAGGAAUGGACACUCAAGAUACCGCGCCUUCAAUUUUACUCUUCUUUGACAAACAAAGAUAUAUAUUUAAUGCUGGCGAGGGUCUUCAGCGUUUCUGCACUGAACACAAGAUAAAGUUGUCAAAGAUUGACCACAUCUUUUUCACUCGCGUGUGCUCAGAAACCGCAGGGGGCCUUCCAGGCCUGGUGCUAACUCUGGCUGGAAUGGGAGAUGAAGGCAUGUCGGUGAACAUAUGGGGCCCUUCGGACCUUGAUUUUCUGGCGGGCGCGAUGAAAUCUUUUAUCCCAAAUAGGGCAAUGCUUCAUACACACAGCUUUGGCGUUGAACACAAUGCAACUUCUUCACAAUCUACAAAUGCUACUGUUGUUAUUGAUGAUGAAGUAGUUCGUAUAUCAGCAAUGUUUGUCAAACCAAGGUACAAUAAUGAAGCCAGGAAUUUGACAGAUAUCAACUCGAAGCCUGGUGAUACUGCUAUAGUCUACUCAUGUGAAUUGGCAGAAAUUAAAGGAAAAUUUGACACUGCCAAAGCUGCUGCCCUUCAUCUCAUGCCUGGACCAAAGUAUCGUGAACUUCAACUUGGAUACUCUGUGCCUUCUGAUGAAGGUGAUACAGUGGUUCAUCCAAGUGAUGUUCUCGGUCCAUCAAUUCCUGGACCAAUCGUACUUCUAGUGGAUUGCCCUACACAAUAUCACAUGCAUGAACUGUUUUCGCUGCACUCACUUAGCCACUUUUAUGAAGAUUCUUCCUGCCAAACAGAGAAUGCCAAGAAAGUAAAUUGCAUAAUCCACUUAGGUCCAUCUUCUGUGACGAACACUGUUGAUUAUCAGAACUGGAUGAAAUCUUUUGGCACCACACAGCAUAUCAUGGCUGGUCACGAAAAUAAAAACAUGGAAGUUCCCAUCCUGAAAGGCAGUGCAAGGAUAUCUUCACGUCUUAAUUUUGUAUGCCCUCAGCUCUUCCCAUCCUCUGGGUUUUGGCCUGUGGAGACUGCAAAUGGUACCGAUUUGGAGAAGGAUAAGAGUACUUCAUUCCAAGCCUGUGAAAGUGUGACAGCAGCAAAUUUGCUGAAGUUUCGUCUGCGUCCAUAUGCUCAACUGGGGUUGGAUAGAGCUUCUAUUCCAAGCUUGUGUAGUUAUGAAGAAAUUGUUGAUGAACUUAUUUCUGAGAUUCCUGAGAUUAAAGAAGUUCCUGGGCAGAUUAGCAAGUUCUGGCAAAGUAGCGUAGACCAAAAAAGUGCAUUGGCACCAGCUGGCAAGCAUAUGCUGAUGGUUGAAGAGCCAUGGAUUAGUAAAGACUCCUGUCUUCCUGAUAUUUUAGAUGAACAGGGGAAUUCAGCUAAGUUUCAAGAUGACGGUAGUUUGAGAGAAAGUGGCCGAAGAAAGCGCCCGAAGGGCAAUUCAGAGAUCCCCUGCUGCGUGGGGAAUGCUACGAGAGAAGAUAUGGAAAUUACAUUUUUGGGUACGGGUUCAUCCCAGCCUUCAAAGUAUCGAAAUGUUAGUUCCAUAUAUAUUAAUCUGUUUGCACAGGGAGGUAUGCUUCUUGAUUGUGGUGAAGGAACGUUAGGACAGCUGAAAAGGAGGUUUGGUGUAAGUGGUGCUGAUGAAGCUGUAAAAAACUUGAGGUGCAUCUGGAUUUCCCAUAUUCAUGCUGAUCACCACACGGGUCUUGCUAGAGUUCUUGCCUUGAGGUCAAAAUUGCUAAACGGUGUUCCUCACAAACCCUUGCUCGUGAUUGGACCAAAACAACUCCUGAGAUUUCUAAAUGCAUAUUCUACACUUGAAGAUCUUGAUAUGCAGUUCCUAGACUGCAGACAAACUUUGAAGCCUAGUGUCGAGGAACUUCUUGGGGACAAUGCCACCGAAUCUGCAACAACUCAACUUGAAAACACCAUGUUUGCCCCUGGAAGCAGAAUGGAGAACUACAACAAGAAGCCUUCGAGUCCGAAAGAUACUACAGCUCUCGCUAAUUUGAAAGAAAUUCUGCAUGAGUCGGGUUUGGAGAUUCUGUACAGUGUCCCCGUUGUACAUUGUGCACAGGCGUUUGGAGUUGUUUUGAGAGCCAAGGAGAAGGUGAAUAGUGUUGGGAAGGCAAUUCCAGGAUGGAAGGUUGUAUAUUCAGGUGACACUCGGCCCUGCCCAGCUCUUGUAGACGCGUCCAGAGAUGCCACAGUGCUGAUACAUGAGGCGACGUUUGAGGACAGCAUGAAGGACGAAGCGAUCGCAAAGAACCACAGCACAACGAAGGAAGCCAUAGCGGUAGGCACAUCGGCUGGAGCGUACCGCAUCAUCCUGACCCACUUUAGCCAGAGAUAUCCUAAAAUCCCGGUCUUUGACGAGGACGACAUGCACAAGACCUGCAUCGCUUUCGACCUGAUGAGUGUAAACCUUGCCGAUUUGCCCGUGCUGCCGAAGGUUCUGCCUCACCUGAAGCUCCUCUUCAAGGACGAGAUGGUCGUCGAAGAGUCGGAUGAGGCUUUGCGGUUGAUUAAAUAUGCUGUUGGAAAGUCUGGCACUGAUUUCAAGCGGGAAAUGCAACGGCACUCAGCAUCUAUGCGUCAGCUUGUUCACUACAAAGGACACCCUGACCCCUUAAAAGGGGAUGCCCUUAAUAAGGCUGUCCGUGAAACUGCGAACGAGGCUAUUGCUGCUAUUUUCUCUACUGAGGACCCUAAAGCAGUUGUUGUGACAGAAGGUCUAGGCAAGCGCAUACAGGGCUUUGGAAACACUAAUUAUGAGCCAUCAAGAGAUGACAAGAAAUCUUUCCUCAGCGAACUAAGUGAAGUAGUGGGCAUUGGUGGUGCUUCUAUUAAACAGGGUUUGAGCAACUUUGCUGCCACACAUUCAAUGAUGCCAAAUGAUAAUGGCGGUAUGUACAAGAGCCCAAUUCGCAGGUCUCUGACCACAGAAACUGAUAGAUAUGGUAGGUACGAUCCAAGUGAAAUUCAAGGUGAGAGCCGUGCUACAUCUGGUGCUUCAAAGAAUGUGAGUUCUGGUUCUUGGGGUCCAAGUCCCUCAAGUUCAGCAUCAGCCGGUGAUACUGACUCAAGUCAACCAGGAAUUAAGACUCGUGAGGAGAGACUUUUGGAAACAAUUGUUACUGCAAGCGGUGUGCGGUUGCAACCUACUCGAGAUGCUCUGCAGAUAUUUCUAACAGAAGCCUCCAAACUGGAUGCAGUUGCUUUGAGCCGUGCCCUUGAGAGUAAACUGAACUCUCCAUUGUGGCAGGUUCGCAUGAAGGCUAUCUGUGUGCUGGAAGCGGUGGUAAGGAAACAGGAUACUGAUCCUUAUUCCAUCAUUGCUUCAUAUUUCAGUGAGAACAGUGCUUCUGUUGUCAGAUGUUGUGAACUGCCACAAGUUUCUCUCAGAGAAAAGGCUUCAAAAGUAUUAAAUCUGCUGGUUGGCGAACAACCUACCGGAAGCAAACAUCAUCCAGAAUCAAGAACUGCAGCAACUACUGUUCAGAUGCCUGAUUUGAUUGAUACAGGGGAUCAGGAUGAUCUAGUAACUCACAGUUCAGCUCAAGAAAGCAGCCAGCAGAUAAUGGGGAAUAGUAAUUAUGUUUCUUCAGUUGAUGAUUUGCUUGGUGGUGAAACUAUUGGUAAUACCAGUGCCGCUAGCAAUGGUAAUGGAAGCGAUCUAUUUGCAGAUGUAUCAUUCCAUGAGGAAGAGAUUAAGGAGACUAAUGACCUAUUCUCAGGCAUGACAGUAGAGGAAAAAUCCUCAGCCUCUGUGCAUGAUAACUCUCUGAUCGAGCAAGAUAUAUUUGGCAGCAGCCCGGAGCCAUUGUUCCAAGAAAGGGUUGAUGACAAAGGAACUGUAGAUGAUUUAAUGGCUGGUUUGAACCUUAAUGGCACUGCUCAAGCUCAGCCUGGAGUAAAAGCGGAAACUAACAGUAAUCUCAAUGGUUCACAGUUCUUUGACAUGAACAGUCAGACUAGCCAUGUGGCAAGUGGUGCAGCACUGAACGGUAUCCUUGGUCAAAGCUCCUUGUAUCAACAGGUUCCUUUGCAGUACAACUUGUCACCACAAAUGUUUGGUCAAUCAUAUCCUGGGCAACAAUUAAAUUAUGGUGCUAUGGAAGCUCUUCUUGCUCAGCAGCAGCAGUUACUACAAAACUUGGGAAAUUUCAGUGCUGGACUUGGGCAUCCGGCUUUCAAUUCAAUGAGUGGCGGAAAUGCAUCUGGGAUGCCAGAUAUUUUCAAUUCAAGUAAUCAACCUCCACAUCAAGUGGCUGUGAUGAGCAAUUCCAAGAAAGAUGAAACUAAAGCUUUUGAUUUUGUCUCGGAUCACCUUGCAGCAGCUCGUGGUUCAAAGAAGUAGACCCUAAAAAGAAUGUCAUGUUCAGAAUUUUGACAAGAACAGAAAUGUCAGGCUUCAUGGAAUUGUCGUACAUAUCGUCGAUGAUUGACUGAUUAGCUGCAUGGGUCACACGGCUGGUUUGUUUGGCAUGCUUCAGCAAAUGAUUGAAGAUUCUCGCACAAGGUUCACAGAUGGGGUAUUGUGUUGUAUUGUGUAUUUAGGAGAAGGCUGGUUUAAGUUAAAAAUAAAUUGUGAGCUCCAUUUUGUUUUCCUUUUUUCUUUCUAUUUCUUGUCCUUCUGAAGAGUCAGACAUUGUAUAUUCAAAUAUGCUGCGGGAUUUUAUCUUUUGUUACUUUACGGAUACAUUUUUGUUCUUUUGAUGGGAACUGUAAAGUUUGUUAAUUUUAAAAAGGUCUCAUGUUAGAAGAGUAA